GGUGGAUGUUUGAUAGAUAAUAUAGAAAAUAAAAUGAGAGAUCGGCUGGGUCGUCGAGUCUUUGGCGCCCGAGUAGUUUGAACGGUCGUUGCGCGCUGUGGAAGCGGAUUCGGCGAGGAAGUGAGACGGGUUUGCGAGAAGAGAGGAGGAGUAACGAGUGUAAUCAGAGACUGGCUCGGAGGAAGGAGGGAAUAAAAAAGAGGGCUCUAAGAGAGAAAAGAACGAGACAUCAUCGACCAGUGCGACUAAAAGAAGCGACACGAAUCAGAGGCAAAAAUACCAGAGGUUUCGCUGCAAGUCGGGAGGGAUUGAAGGGUCGAUGGUUUCGCAGAUGCGCUCGUUGGGCAGAGGAAGGAUGAAGGAGCGAGAGGAGAGGGUCAAGAGGGUCGAGACGUGCGAAGAGCGCCCCAGCAGCACGCCCGCGACUGGGCGAGCAGUCCAGGACAUGGAGCAGGUGCGACAGGGGACCCGUCACGCUUUGUCCUCUUUAGGACUAGCGAAACCAUUUAACGGGCACCAGUCUUUCGCACGGUGUGCCAUGGCGCCUACGGCCCCUGAUUCGCGGCCUGGAGGGACGCCACCAGUCCACUACGAGCCCACUGCAACCAACAAAGCGCCCCCAAGCAACCCCGGAACCAUGCCCACCACUCUGUGCGGAAGGCCCCUUGAUUUCCUAAACUGGCACUGUACCAUGGAUGGAACCCUGGCGUUAGAUUUGUGGUGGGUGGUGAGCGGUGGAUGGUGA